CACUUCACAAAUGACACAAACAGCACACAUGAGGGCCAGAAAGAAAGCGAGCCGUGACUCCAUCGGGGUUUCUGCUCAUGGUGUGUCCAUGUUCUCUUCCGUCACCAGCUCUAUCUCUGACCUGCGUUUCCGCUUCCGAUGGCGAGCUAUCCUGGUGGGAAUCCUGCUGGGAUUGGCUGUCCUGGCGUACCUGCACCAAACUCCAUCGAGCUCCACCGAUGGCAAAGCUAGCAGCCAGCGCUCGUGGCGUUCCAGCCGGGACGUAUCAGGCAUGAUGGCAUCGGCCGAAUCUGUGGAUUCACGUUAUAACGACACGUAUCCGCUCAGUCCUCCGGAACACACGACCGGCGGGAUCCGCUACCGGAUCGGAGUCAUAGCAGACCUGGACACAAACUCACGCAGACAGGAGGAGAACACGUGGUUCAGCUUCCUGAAACGAGGACACCUGCUGGUGUCCGACAGCAGGGACACUGUGUCUGUGGAGUGGGAUCCGGAGACUGUGGUUCUGGAGAGUCAUCUGUCGGAGAAGGGUCGCGGGAUGGAGCUGUCCGAGCUGGUGGCGUUUAACGGGCACCUGUACAGCGUGGACGACCGUACGGGUGUGGUGUACCGGAUAGAGGGCAACCGAGCCGUGCCUUGGGUCAUCCUGCCGGACGGAGACGGCAAUGUGUCUAAAGGUUUUAAGGCGGAGUGGUUGGCGGUGAAGGACGAGCGUCUGUAUGUCGGUGGUCUCGGGAAGGAGUGGACGACCAUCACUGGAGAGUUCGUCAAUAAUAACCCCGAGUGGGUGAAGAUAGUCGGGUUUCGUGGUGAUGUGGAGCACAAGAACUGGGUACCGCGGUAUAACUCGCUCAAGAUAGCAGCAGAUAUCAAACCACCAGGUUAUCUGAUCCACGAGUCGGCCGUGUGGAGCGAGCGUCUCCAGCGCUGGUUCUUCCUCCCUCGCCGAGCGAGCUCUGAACGCUACGAGGAAACGGCAGACGAGCGCCGAGGCACAAACCUGAUCCUGAGCUGCUCGCCGGACUUCAGUGAGAUCUCAGCGUCACGCAUCGGGACGCUCAAACCCACGCUCGGCUUCUCCUCCUUCAGAUUCAUCCCAGACACAGACGACCAGAUCAUACUGGCGCUCAAAUCAGAGGAGGACGCGGGACGAAUCGCCACGUACAUCACGGCCUUCACGCUGGACGGACGAAUCCUGCUGCCUGACACCAAGAUCGGAGACGUCAAAUAUGAAGGACUGGAGUUCAUAUAGAUGACACGGCCAUACACUGGCCAGAAUAUUUCCAGACACAUGCAGACGGCCGUCCUCAAUGUGGGACCAGACACAGAAAACAUCACUACAGUAGACUUCAGGAGGCUGAAGCAGCGGGAAACAGAUGCAAUAAUAGAGGAAACAGGCUUUCUGCAGGUCCUAAUUCACGUUUUCCAAAACUAAGGCUUUAAAAUAAAGUCGUGGCAUUAAAUGCUGCAUGCACUGCAACAAAUGAACAUUUUCCAGCACAGAUAGAUUAACGUAAUGCUGCAUUUAGGUGACCCUGGAGCACAAAACCAGUCAUAAUUUUUCAAAAUUGAGGUUUAUGCAUCAUCUCUCCAUUGAUGUGUGGUUUGUUCGGAGGACAAU